AUGGAGAGUGACCACGAAAAGAUUGACCAGUCAUCACGUGGACAAGACGAUGUUCGCAAAGAUAGUCCAACGAAACCCAUGGAGACAGUCCCACGGCGUUCAGGUGUUCGUUUUACGAUUGAAGAGGAUAAGUACAUUAGAGUUGGCAUUGAAAAAUUUGGUUUGCGUUGGUCAAAAAUACUGCGUCAUCCGGAAUUCCAUUUCAAUCCAUGUCGUGUUGCAAAUACUUUGAGGAAGAGAGCUGAAGUUUUAAAAUUAGUUUGA